GUGAAGCCUGUUUCAGACAGUGACUGUUGGAAGAUGUUGGAAGCAAUGAUUCUACAUUCUACAUGAUUCUCAUCGCGAGAGUAGGUUGGAGGCCAUCGCUAUGAGGUUAGUUUCGGGAACCGAAGGUAUAAACAGUCGGUUCUGAGGAAAGAACCCGCUGGCAUUUGCUCACAGCAGAUGGGCUUGACAAUUCAUUGAGGCCGUGCCUACCUCACCUCCCUGGCACGCCUCUUCCGCUGCGGCCGCGCGGGUGGAGCUGCGCGCGGGGGAGCGUCCGGCGCGAGCCCGGCGACUUCCUCGGAAGCCCCGGAGCUUCCGGUGGAAGAAGUGGUGGAAGGCCACACCGCGGAUGUUGCAGAAGCUUCGGAUGCCGAAGCUGUGCUACCAGAGAGGGACCCUGGGGCCGAUGACCAUCCGCCCUCGAGCAUCGGAAUGAGUGAGGAGCAAGAUCACAACGAGCAUGAACUUUAUCCCUCACACCACCAAGCGGUUGACACAGGUGGCUCAAAUGGAGAUCCUGACGACGCAUUACUUGGCGACGGUGAGGCUGCUUCAAGCCAUCGGCAAAAGGGCAAAGGCAAGGGUGCCAGCCACGGUGGUUCAAGCCGCAGCUCGGGCAUCGAGGGUUCAACUCGGGGUCGCCCAGAUAGCCGGGAGAGAGACCGUGACUGGCGCUCCACAUCUAGAGCUCGUUCAGCUUCUUUCGACGAGAACCGGUUUUCAUCCUGGAAGGGGAAGGGGAAAGCCAAGGGGAAGGGAGGCAGGGGGCUGCAGAAAGGCAAAGGGAAGGCCUUCUGCUGGUAUGGCUACGAGUGCUCCCGUGUGGAUUGCUGGUUCCAUCAUCCAGACGGCCGCUCCAUCGAUGGGCACGGAAGCGAGGAACAUGUGCGCGCGGUGUCCGCGGAGGUGUCGCUGGCGCGGAGGGGAGGAGGGGCUUGGAACGACCGGAAAGGAAGAGGGAAAGGGAAGUGCUGGAAGGGCUACGAUUGCACAAGGGUAAAUUGCUGGUUCGAUCACCCAGAGGGCCGGGAGAUUGAUACAAGGACGAGAAGUUCGAGUCGAGAGAGGUCUUCAAGUCAGCAGCGUCUCACGGGAAGAGAAGCGGGCGCACGUGUGGUCUCGCAAAUGGAUCUCAGCCAUGACUAUUGCAAACAGCUGAAAGAUGGAAUGCUCUACCACCUGGCAUUCUUCCUUCGAAGAUACCAGCUAGUGGGACGUGUCUCCAAUCUUCAGCUGGAACUUCUCACCUUUCUUCCAGAAGGCAUCUGGAACUUGGAACAGCUUCAUGAGGAUAUCCAGGUGGAGCUGGCGAGACUCAGCUCCUUACGCGUGGAACUCACGGAGCAAAUCCCUCUGCCUCAAGCGUUGGUUCCUCGCUUGAUGGGGCCUGAAGGUGCCCACAUGAACGUGCUCAGCCGGGAUUUGGGAGUGCAGAUCACGCUGGAACACGGAGCGGAACCAGGUGUCGGUGCUGAGGAGCAAACAGCCACAGCUUGGAUGGUGGGGGCGCCCGAAGUCCUCUUGGAUGCGCGGAAUGCCUUGGAGAACCAUUUGAUCUCCUUGUCCACCCGAAGUCCUGCCGAUCUGGAAGAACAACUCGCGCACGAACGGCAGCAAAGCGUGCACAUCUUUGUAGACAACAGCAACAUUUGCAUCGGGUGCCAGUUGCUGCCCACUGGAAUCCGGGACUUUCAGCAACGGAUUUACAUCAAAGGCUUUACUGGUGCCCUUCAAGGUGUCAGGACGGUGCAGCGGCGCGUGGUGAUGGGCUCUCGCCCCUCGGCGCCCUCGAUCUGGGCGGCGUGGAAGCGCGCCGGCUACGAAGUGCAAACCGCGCAUCGUGAUCCGAGAAACCGUGAAGAGUUUGUGGAUGGUCGUCUUGUAGGAGAAGCCUUGAUGCAUGUGCUGCGCUUCCCUCGUUGUGACGACGAUCAUGUGCUGAUCCUGGCGACGGGGGAUGGAAACCUUGGAGGUCAAGCACCCAAUACCGCUGGAGCCAACUUCCAGAACUUGGUCCAGACCGUCGCGGAGGGUCGCGUGCCGGGCUGGAGCGUGGAGGUCUGGUGUUGGCGCUCCAGCUGCCAUGGAGUCUACAAGAGGAUGGCCAAGGAAGGCCAGAUUCGGCUUUGCUUCCUCGAUGGUCUUCGAAAGCAGGUCACCAUGACUGCCCGUUCCACGGCUGAGCUCGUGGCUGACCCCUUGGCCCCGGAGGACACUUGUGUGCAGUGCUUGCAAGCGGAGCCAACGCAUGCAUUCUACCCCUGCACUCAUCGAGUUCUUUGCGCCUUGUGCGCAGCGGAGACACGCCCACAUCUCAACACUCAUCCCCUAGGCCUGUGCUUCAUUUGCCGCUGCCCUUGGCAAGACAUCCGCGUGGCAGAGCAACGAAUGACCAUUUAAGCCGCCGCUCCUGGCCAACGAUCCACAGAUCCUGGACGUUUGCAACAGACGGAUGUGAGGUGCUGGUGAACCACGAGAGCGGGCCAGGGACUUGCGAUUUGGCCGAGAGUGAGCAGGUCGCAUGUGCGGAGGUUUUCGAACAGGCCAAUCAACUGGGGGGCUGGGGGGCCUGUAUUCUUUUAGCAACUUUGUAGAGACAACUCCAGAAGUCGUGGCAGAGGUAGCUCAGGCUCCCAUUCAUGGAGCUCCAGGCCGAGUUUCCCGGCAACCUUCCAACCUUCCAACCCGAGACUGUGGCUAGCUGCCGGAGGCCCAGUUUCCCAAUAAGCAGAUGGGAUUGGACAUUAUACGUUCCACGCAAAGUCUUUAUGAGGCACAUGCAAAGCGCUUCAGUCAGCUGAAGG